AUGAUAGGAAAGUCUGUUGCAAUCCUUUGGGUAUGCCUCCACCAGUUUUGCACACCUGGAUUUAGGCAUUUUCUCCCAAACGUCCUUGCAGAUCCUCUCAAACUCUGUCAGAUUGGAAGGAGUGUCUGUGAACUGCGCUCUUCAUGUCCCAACACACCUAGUCCCAACACACCUAGUCCCACCACACCUAGUCCCAACACACCUAGUCCCUCCACACCUAGUCUCACUACACUUAGUCCCAACACACCUAGUCCCUCCACACCUAGUCUCACUACACCUGGUCCCAACACACCUAGUCACAACACACCUAGUCUCACCACACCUAGUCCCUCCACACCUAGUCUCACUACACCUAGUCCCACCACACCUAGUCCCAACACACCUAGUCUCACUACACCUAGUCUCACCACACCUAGUCCCUCCACACCUAGUCUCACUACACCUAGUCCCACCACACCUAGUCCCAACACACCUAGUCUCACUACACCUAGUCUCACUACACCUAGUCCCUCCACACCUAGUCUCACUACACCUGGUCCCAACACACCUAGUCCCAACACACCUAGUCUCACUACACCUAGUCCCACCACACCUAGUCCCUCCACACCUAGUCUCACUACACCUAGUCCCAACACACCUAGUCCCAACACACCUAGUCUCACUACACCUGGUCCCAACACACCUAGUCCCACCACACCUAGUCUCACUACACCUGGUCCCAACACACCUAGUUCCAACACACCUAGUCUCACUACACCUAGUCCCACCACACCUAGUCCCAACACACCUAGUCCCUCCACACCUAGUCUCACUACACCUGGUCCCAACACACCUAGUCCCAACACACCUAGUCUCACUACACCUAGUCCCACCACACCUAGUCCCUCCACACCUAGUCUCACUACACCUAGUCCCAACACACCUAGUCCCAACACACCUAGUCUCACUACACCUGGUCCCAACACACCUAGUCCCACCACACCUAGUCCCUCCACACCUAGUCUCACUACACCUGGUCCCAACACACCUAGUCCCUCCACACCUAGUCUCACUACACCUGGUCCCAACACACCUAGUCCCAACACACCUAGUCUCACUACACCUGGUCCCAACACACCUAGUUCCAACACACAAUAGUCCCACCACACCUAGUGCCACCAA